UGUGCCGUCGGCAAGCCCGGCCGCUACGUUAUUUUACGCUUCGUGAUCCGCAGACAAACUGAAGUUUCCGUACCGGUCGCUCGAUUACCGACAAGACCUAACCAGGGAUUAGUUCGGAGAUUUCCUCAAAAACGAACUCUUGAAUUUCGAUAGAUGCUUUCCUGUGUGGUUUGAAAGCAGACACCCCCCCUCCUCUCUACUACUAUUUUUUUGGGUCUUUUUUCACUCGAAAGCUUGGGAAGAUGUCGAGCAGGAGGCGUUUCUUUCACUGAAAACAGUCCGUCCCCCCCCAAGUUGGGACCCUGUCGACGAGAAAUGCCGAAGGUAAGAGAAGCGAAAUCCGCGAACCCGGCAGCACGACCGCGAAAUAGGGAUUCUCCUCGUCUCGUUUGGGGAAAACGCUCAGGAACAUACUGAUGGCCGUCACUGAAGUGGACUAGAGGAGGACAACUUCCAUCAUAUUCCUCCACUGGACUGAUCACUACCAAGCUACUUGGUUACGCUAUCUAAAACAAUAACAGUGGGCUGGCCUGCUUUUAGAAUAUUUUCUGUCACCUGUGAAACACCACUGUCAUCAUGCAGACCUCAUCGUUACGACGUCAAGUAAAGAAUAUGGUCAACAACUACACGGAGGCUGAGAUCAAGGUCCGCGAGGCCACCUCCAAUGACCCCUGGGGCCCACCCAGUUCACUCAUGUCCGAGAUUGCAGACUUGACUUUCAAUGUCGUGGCCUUCACCGAGGUCAUGGGUAUGAUCUGGAAGCGACUCAAUGACCAUGGUAAGAACUGGCGCCAUGUGUACAAGGCGUUGACCCUGCUGGACUACCUGAUCAAGACAGGGUCUGAGCGUGUGGCCCAACAGUGCAGGGAGAACAUCUACACCAUCCAGACCCUGAGGGACUUCCAGUACACAGACCGGGACGGCCGUGACCAAGGUGUCAAUGUUCGAGAGAAGGCUAAGCAGCUGGUUGCUCUCAUAAGGGAUGAUGAAAGGCUAAAGCAAGAGAGGACCCAGGCGCUGAAGACCAAGGAGCGCAUGGCUGGAGCUGCUGCACGUAUGGGCUCUGGGUCCCUGCCUCCCCCCUACCCAGGACGCCGCACUAGCCAGCCUAGUAUGGCGGCGCUCUACGGGGAUGAGUUUAGCAGGUCUAGAGGGUCGCCAUCCUCCUUUCACUCCUCUUCGUCCUCCCCUCGUCUUGCCCCAGAUCUGGAGCAGGCCCGGCCUCAGACCAGCGGGGAAGAGGAGCUACAGCUGCAGCUGGCCCUGGCUAUGAGCCGUGAAGAGAAUGAAAAGCCUCCUCCCCCAGUGGAUAUUGAUGAGCAGACCCAGCUGCAGAUCGCUAUGAGUCUCAGCAAGGAGGAGGCCCUGAAGCCGGUACAACGUCCCCCUGUUGCAGUGGACAUGGAUGAGGACACCCAGCUCCAGAUAGCCCUGAGCCUGAGCAAGGAGGAGCACCAAGAGGAGCAACGCAGUCGCCAGGGAGAUGAGUCCAUGCUCCGAAAAGCUCUUGAGGAGAGCAAACGAGAGAUGGAGGCUAAAGGCGGGACCGCCUUCAUGGACCUGGUAGAUGUUUUUGCAGUACCCACAGACGUACCCCCUCGUGUCAACCCUUGGAGUGAUGUCCAGCCCCAGGCUGCUGCUCGCAUGACCAGCACAGACCCAUGGGACUCACUGGGAGAUGGCGCCGCCAACAUGCUAAGAGUAGACUCUCCCUGGAUGGCACCUCCAACUUCCAGCAGCCCAGCACCAUCCUGGGAGCGAAGCCAGUCUCCCACUGACCCCUGGGAUGCCCCACAGAACAAUAUCCCUAAACUCAACUCCACAGACCAAGCAUGGGCCUCUCCUUCCAAUGCAGCAGCCGCAUCAGCAGUAGAUCCAUUCUCGGGCCCAGCUGAAAGAACAGCACCUCUAAGUGCUACCAGAGCAGCGUCUCCACGAGCUGGGAGCCCCUCAGACGGAGACCUAUUUGAUGAGGCCAUGGACGGCGGUCAGAUGAGAGUGAAUGGGCGAGAUGAGGGAAGUCCUGAACUCUUUGACCUGUCUCGUCUUGGGGAAAGCCUGGCUGAUCUCAGUCCUCGAACGUGUCACACCCCUGAAGCCUUCCUGGGCCCCACUGGAGCAUCCCUGGUUAACCUGGACAGCUUGAUCCCCACAAACCCACAAGUUAAGAACAAGAACCCCUUUCUAUCAGGUUUGAGUGCCCCUUCACCCACUAAUCCAUUCCAAACCGAACAACCUAGGCUAACUCUAAAUCAGAUGUGUUCCAGCUCGAACGCUCUGGCACCCCCCGCAACUUCUCUACCAUACAGUGCCUCUUUACCCCUGCCUGUAAACCACCAGCCUGCCAGCCUCCCUUCCUCCUUUACUCACCCCUCCCAGUCUAGGCUGGACAUGCCAGGGAACCUACCCCAGCCCCUGCUGCCCCUCUCCUCAGCCAGCACUCUGGGAACACAGGCUGAACAGCUCAGUCAGAACCCUUUCCUAUGAGGGCCAACUGAAAUGGACCAGAACUCAUAGAAAAAAAAAUAGGGAUGAGGGGGGUGGUGGACUGGAUCCUCCCAAGACUCCAAUGAAAACCCUAUUCAGUGUUUUUUUUUUUUUUAUAUCUUGGCUAUAAUACUGUAACCCUUAGAAUGAUGCAAGUUGGCUUUCCUCCCCCUCUGUAACAGCCUACCUGGUAUUUCCUCUGUGCUUAAGAAGUAGAGGAUAAGUAAGAUAAUGCUUUUGUAUCAGACAAAAUCAGUGUCAUGUAAAAACCUCUUUAAGGCCAUAACCUAUUUCUAAUGUACUUCAUACACAAACCAAGGUCCGAGCACAAACCAGUGGUCAUAUUUUGAUGUUAUGAUACUUAGCCAUAAUUACUGGGCAGAUAUACAUUACUGCUACUCAAUUUUAAAUCACAUGCUCAAUCCGCUGCUUUGUAUGAUUGGCUUAGUGCUGUUGCUUGCUGCUAACACCAAUUGUCAGCCAGAUAGGCCUGUUGCUCAUCUCUGAUAACAGUGCACCGAGGUUUGCUGGCCAUUUCUGCUCGCACUUGUCCUCUUAUACACUGUGG